AUGAGGAUAAUGAUAACAACAUCGUGGGGCACUCUGCGAAGACACAAAGCUAGUAAACCGUGUUUGGGCUAUAUUGAUAGUGUUGCAGCGGUGUUAUACAGCAGUACUUGGCUAAAUGUAAAUGUUAUUAUCAUCAUGAGGAUAAUGAUAACAACAUCGUGGGGCACUCUGCGAAGACACAAAGCUAGUAAACCGUGUUUGGGCUAUAUUGAUAGUGUUGCAGCGGUGUUAUACAGCAGUACUUGGCUAAAUGUAAAUGUUAUUAUCAUCAUGAGGAUAAUGAUAACAACAUCGUGGGGCACUCUGCGAAGACACAAAGCUAGUAAACCGUGUUUGGGCUAUAUUGAUAGUGUUGCAGCGGUGUUAUACAGCAGUACUUGGCUAAAUGUAAAUGUUAUUAUCAUCAUGAGGAUAAUGAUAACAACAUCGUGGGGCACUCUGCGAAGACACAAAGCUAGUAAACCGUGUUUGGGCUAUAUUGAUAGUGUUGCAGCGGUGUUAUACAGCAGUACUAGGCUAAAUGUAGGAGAAUAA